UGUCGUUUUUACUCUUCCGUUACUGCGUUUUUAGCGUCCAACUCGACUGAACCCUAGAACUCUCGCUGCAUGUUUCUACCCCUCUGUUCUUCACUUUUUCUCUCCCAAUUUCAAAUCUCUCUCACACAUUUCGCCAACAAAUUCCCUCAAUUCUUUCUGGGUAUUUUGAUUCAUUGUUGCUGGUUUUUGAAUUUAGGUUGUGUAUUGAGAAGGUGGGAUGCUGUUCAAGUUUCAAGUAGAUGCUUGAUAAUGUUGACCAUGUUCAUGAUUUCAUCAAUUCAACUCGGAGACUAUGUUCUCGUCUUGGGGGUUGGGUUUCUGGUUUAAUAUCAAAACCUAAAGUUGGCUCAGAAUUUGAUGAUUCACUUCAUAGAUUGGUUGAGAGAAGUCACAAUUGUAAUCUAGAUUUCAUGGAUGAGUAUAUAUAUAUUAGUUCAUCGGAUGAUGAUGACUUUGACUUGGAGGAGAUAGACGAUCCGAGGAGGACUCUCCCACAAUGGGCUACUACUGAAAGGAAUUCAGAUUAUGGUGGAUUGGCUGGGCAGGGUAGUUCUUCAAGAGGUGCAAAUAGUUCAAACGCAAGCUCUUCUAAUGUUUAUAAUCAUUCACAAGUCAAGCCCCAUACAAAACCUGUGCCCAGCAGGAGUACACCGAAUCACGGAGUUGCAGGAACAGGCCAUCCUUCCUAUCUUACCCAUAAUGGAAGUGCAAGUCAGCCUCAGACAGUUAGUUCCCGAGUUUUUAAUAAUUCUGCUGAUUAUGAGAGACUGUCAUCUCAACAAGCUAUCAAAAGGACCCUUCCUCCAGCAUUUCAAUCAUCUGCAACAAGGGCUCUUCCAUCUUCAUCGUUUGCACCAGAUAGCAGAUUAAGCAAUUUAAAAAUGUUAGAUAACAUAAGCAGCAGACCUAGCACGUCCAGUGACAAGGGCUAUAUUCGUGUCAAUCUCAGAGGCCCUGAUGAAGAUCGUUUCAUGCAUCAAAAUGGUGGAAUUAGGAAUCUUCCGUCUUCUAUGAUGCUGGGAAAGGCUAUAAAUCCACUGUUUGCGAGUUCUAGUGAACCUCCAAACCGAUCUGGAGGAGUUGAUGAAAGGGACCCCGGAACUGACGAGAGAUUAAUUUUUGAGGCAGCAUUAGAGGAUCUCCAUCAAUUUCAGCAUAGAAAAGAAACUGAUUUACCUGCUGGUAUAAUGUCUGUCUCGCUUAUGAGACAUCAGAAAAUUGCAUUGGCUUGGAUGCUUCAGAAGGAAACCAAGAGUUUGCAUUGCUUGGGGGGGAUUUUGGCUGAUGAUCAGGGCCUUGGAAAGACAAUUUCAAUGACUGCCCUCAUCCUAAUGCAGAGGCAGUUACAGUCAAAAUGGAAAGCAGAUGAUACAGGCAAUCAUAAAGCUGAAGCCUUGAAUUUGGAUGAUGAGGACGACAGCGGUGUUGUUGACGUAGAAAAGCUUGAAAAGAUUGAAGAAGUACAGAAACUUGAAAAGAUAGAAGAAUUUGAUGAUGUUAAACCUAUUUUAGAACCAAGUAGUUCUACACGGGCACCAAGUAGGAGAAGGCCAGCUGCUGGUACACUGGUUGUCUGCCCUGCAAGUGUUCUUCGGCAGUGGGCCAGGGAGCUUGAUGAAAAAGUUGGAGAUGAAAAACUUUCUGUUUUGGUUUAUCAUGGAGGCAAUAGGACAAAGGAUCAUUUUGAACUUGCCAAAUUUGAUGUGGUUCUCACAACAUAUGCCCUUGUAACUAAUGAAGUUCCAAAGCAACCACUAGUUGACGAGGAGGAUGAUGAAAAAAAUGCGGAAAAAUUUGGCGUAUCACCUGAGUUUUUUGGGGGUAAAAAGAGGAAAAAGUCAGUUAAUGGGAAGAAGAGUAAAAAAGGUAGAAAUGGAAUUGACAGUUCUUUUGAUUGUGGUUCUGGUCCUCUUGCCAGAGUAGGUUGGUUUAGGGUUAUUCUAGAUGAAGCUCAGACAAUAAAGAAUCAUAGAACCCAGGUGGCUAGAGCUUGUUGCAGUCUUAGGGCCAAAAGAAGGUGGUGCUUAUCUGGAACACCUAUUCAAAAUACUAUUGAUGAUUUGUACAGCUACUUUAGGUUCCUGAAGUAUGAUCCCUAUGCUGUAUAUAAAUCAUUUCUUAAUACAAUAAAAGUUCCGAUCUCCAGAAAUUCCGUUCAUGGUUACAAGAAGCUUCAAGCAGUUUUGAGGGCCAUAAUGCUACGGCGUACAAAAGGAACUUUGAUUGAUGGGAAGCCAAUAGUCGAUUUACCUCCUAAAACAAUUCAGCUGACUAAGGUUGAUUUCUCCAUUGAGGAGCGUUCCUUCUACAAAAAGUUGGAAGCAGAUUCACGUUCUCAAUUCAAGGCAUAUGCCGCUGCUGGGACAGUGAACCAAAACUAUGCAAAUAUUCUUUUAAUGCUUUUACGUCUCCGUCAGGCUUGUGACCACCCGCGUCUUGUUAAGGAUUAUAAUUCUAAUUCUAAUCCUGUUGGUAAAGAUUCUGUUGAAAUGGCAAAAACGCUUCCGAAGGAGAUGCUGCUGAAUCUAUUUAAUCGUAUGGAAACAACCUUUGCUAUAUGUGGUUCCUGCGAGGACACACCCGAUGACCCUGUUGUUACAAUGUGUGGCCAUGUCUUCUGUUAUCAAUGUGUAUCCGAGUAUUUGACAGGUGAUGAUAACUUAUGCCCUGCAAAUGGGUGUAAAGAACAACUUGGUGAAGAUCUUGUGUUUUCCAAAGAAACUUUGAGGAGUUGCCUCUCUGAUGAGCUUGGUGGUAGCAGUACUGCAAAUUCGGAGCCUUUUGAUUAUGAAUCAGUACAGAAGGCAGAUUAUGAAUCAUCUAAAAUCAAAGCUGUCCUUGAGGUUCUGCAGUCAAAUUGUAACUUAAAAACUCCAUCUUCUGAUGGUAGUGGAGAUUCACUAUCUUCUGAUUCAUUUAUUGAAGAUUGUGACUCAGAUGUUAAGGUUACAAAACACACAAGAAAAUAUUCAAAGUCCACAACUGAAGGACCAAUAAAGGCUAUAAUUUUUUCCCAGUGGACCAGCAUGUUGGACUUAGUUGAGGCAUCACUGAAACAAUCUCGUAUACGAUACAGGAGACUUGAUGGGAGGAUGAGUCUGCUUGCGAGGGACAAAGCUGUUAAGGAUUUCAAUACUAGAACUGAGAUUACUGUCAUGCUGAUGUCACUAAAAGCAGGAAAUCUUGGUUUGAAUAUGGUUGCUGCAUGCCAUGUUAUUCUUUUGGAUCUUUGGUGGAAUCCAACUACUGAAGAUCAAGCAAUUGAUCGAGCACAUAGAAUUGGACAGACUCGCCCUGUUACUGUAACACGUAUCACGAUAAAAGAUACUGUUGAAGACAGAAUACUGGCUCUUCAGGAAGAAAAGAAAAAAAUGGUUGCUUCUGCUUUUGGUGAAGACCAUGCUGGCGGUUCUGCUACUCGCCUUACAGUGGAAGAUCUCAAGUAUCUUUUCAUGGGAGUCUAGAUCAUUGCUUACUUCUUGUACUUCAUAUUGUGGUUGAUGGUAGUACUUGAUGUUUUGUUUUGGACGGUUUAGCAUGGACUUUAGAAUGGUUUCUGAAAAGGGUAUAGCGGUUAUUUUUGUGCCUGCUGAGGUCUGUUGCUCAAGUUGGCAGGGGUUAAUGGUGGUAACUUACCUUUUUUGAAGCCCUCAAGGGCGUUUUUGUCUUCCCAACUGCAAUGUAGCUCAACGAGGCCUGUAAAUAUUCUAAUUAAAUGACAUGGUUUAUGAUAUGAUUGCCUUGUGGAACUAAACUUUCUUUUACAAUUUACAAUUUUCUUUAUAUUCUGAUA